GUGAUUUCCGGCCGGCUGUUUCCAGCAGCAAGGGCAACAGAAGGGUAUAUAUAUAGUAAAGUGCUUUAAUUAAAUUGUUUUCCUGUCUUGUUGAAUUGCUAAUUAUUCUCAUUAAGUUAAUAAAACAAUCACAAUGGCCCAAAGUGCAAGAUUAAUGUCACUUUCUGGUGGUCUUUUUAAAAAUGCUGGAAAUAGUAUUCCCAUUGUAUUUUCUCAAAAAAAUAGUUCCUGGUGGAGUCACGUGGAAAUGGGACCACCGGAUGCAAUUCUAGGAGUAACCGAAGCAUUUAAAAGGGAUAAUAAUCCAAAAAAAAUUAAUUUAGGAGUUGGUGCCUAUCGAGAUGACAAUGGCAAACCCUUUGUAUUACCUAGUGUUCUAAAAGCCGAGGAGAAAAUGAGAGGUAAACAGUUAGACAAGGAAUAUUCUCCAAUUUCCGGAAAUAUGGAAUUUUGUAAACACAGUAUCAAUUUAGCUCUUGGAGAUGAUAAUACUAUUGUUCCAAAUGGAUUGAAUUCAACAGUACAAAGUAUAUCGGGAACUGGUGCACUUUGGAUUGGUGCAAAAUUUAUAGAACAUUAUUUUCCCUUUAGUCGUGAUGUUUAUCUUCCAUCUCCAUCAUGGGGUAAUCAUGCGCAAAUAGUUAAAUUAGCUAAAUUAAAUGUUAAAUCUUAUCGUUAUUACGAUCCAAAAACAUGUGGAUUAGAUUUUCAAGGUGCCUUAGACGAUAUUUCCAAAAUCCCGGAAAAAUCGGUAAUUUUAUUACAUGCUUGUGCACACAAUCCAACUGGUGUUGAUCCAAAACCAGAGCAAUGGGCGGAAUUAUCCAAUGUGAUAAAAAAAAGAAAUCUUUUUAUUUUCUUCGAUAUGGCUUAUCAAGGGUUCGCCUCCGGUGAUGUAAAUAGAGACGCUCAGGCCGUAAGAUAUUUUCUAAAAGACGGUCAUCGAAUUGCUCUUGCACAAUCGUACGCAAAGAAUUUUGGUUUAUAUGGUGAACGAGUUGGCGCUUUUACAUUGGUAAAUGCAGAUAAAGAUGAAGCUGCUCGUACACUUUCUCAAUUGAAAAUUUUAAUUCGACCAAUGUAUUCGAAUCCACCAAUUCAUGGCGCGCGAAUUGUUUCAGAAAUUUUAGGCGAUUCAAGCUUAAAAAAAGAAUGGCUCUCUGAUGUUAAAGGAAUGGCUGAUAGAAUUAUAUCAGUGAGAACAAAACUUCGUGAGAAUUUAAAGAAAAAUGGAAGUACACGCGAUUGGUCACAUAUUACUGAUCAAAUUGGAAUGUUUUGUUUCACUGGUCUCAAUGCAUCUCAGGUGGAAAAUUUGACAAAAAAUUAUAGUGUCUACUUAACAAAGGACGGUAGAAUUUCAAUGGCAGGCGUUACAUCGAAGAAUGUUGAGUAUCUUGCUCACGCUAUUCAUGAAGUGACAAAAUAAAAAAAAAAAAACAGGAAUCAGAUUUUCUAUCAAAAGCAAUUUUGAUAAAUUUGAAAAUAUACACGAUUUUUAAUUGCC